CAACUAGAGAGAGCGUCUCUUGUGUCUGCGCCUCACCGGGUUAUGUCUCAUCUGCGGACAGGAUCGUAUAAGAAAUCCCGCUGUGUUAUGAUGCUUUACGAGCAGUUGAGGGGGUGAGCGGCUCUUCGCCUGUGUCGUGGUGUUUUUUUUUUAGAUUAGAUUUAGCUUUUAGUCGCGUGUUUUUGACCUAGGAGUACUCUCACCUCUUAAAAACAACAUCUACUCCCUGGUAGAUUUAGCUGCUCGGACAGUCCCGGGACAAUGACGCUGGUGUGUUUUAAUUCUGUGCUGCAAUACUGAGACAUGUGCAGCGUUAUAGGCUGAGCUUCGUCUCUCCUGAAAAGCAGCAGGGACAGUCGGGAGAGGACAUUUUUUGCAAAGAAAGACUCCGGAAAGAGACGAAGACGCAACAUGUUUGAAGCGUCGGGGAUCCCGCUCAUCCUGCUGGACGUUACCUGUCUUAUUCUCGUUGGACUCCCCUUUUUCAUCCUUACCCCUCGACACAACCCUUUCAAACGCGGCUUCUUCUGCAACGAUGAGUCCAUCAGGUACCCCAUCAAAGAGGACACCAUAUCCUACCAGCUGCUGGGAGGAGUCAUGAUCCCCUUCUCGCUGAUCGUGCUUGUCUGUGGCGAGUGCCUUUCUGUUUACCUCUCUCGCAUCAAGAACCAGUCUUUGGGGACCAAGUACGUCUCGUGCGUCUAUAAGGCCGUGGGGAGCUACGUGUUCGGAGCUGCUGCUAGCCAGUCUCUGACGGACAUAGCCAAGUACUCCAUCGGCCGCCUGAGGCCAUACUUCCUGGCCGCUUGCAAGCCGGCGUGGGAUCGCAUCAACUGCAAAAAUGGCGGAUACGUCGAGAACUUCACCUGCACUGGGGACCAGUUUAUGGUAGAUGAGGCCAGGCUGUCCUUCUACUCCGGCCACUCGUCCUUCUCUAUGUACUGCAUGCUGUUCCUCGUACUGUACAUUCAAGCCAGGCUGAGGUCGGAAUGGGCGAGGCUCCUGCGUCCCACCAUCCAGUUCUUCCUGAUUGCUACUGCCGUGUAUGUGGGUCUGUCCCGAGUGUCCGACUACAAACACCACUGGAGUGAUGUUCUGGCCGGCCUCCUGCAGGGCGGAUUAGUGGCCGCUCUCACUGUCUUCUGCGUCUCCAACUUCUUCGAGCAGCCGACGAACCCGGUGGUGUCUCAGGAGGAAGACGGCUCGCACACCAGUUUACAGGAUAACCCUUCCAACGGGAACCACUACGGCAGCACGGACUGAACCUGAGGCCGCGAACACGUGACUGCAGGCGGGCGUGGGUUUGCGGCCAAAAAAACGCAGCAGUGACAUGCAACUGUUUCACGUAAACCGCUGGCUGUUUGUUUGUGUAUGUGCGCAUGUCCUGAAGGCAGUUUCACCCCCGGAGCCUGAGCCGUCGCAGCGUGUGCAGGCUUUCAGCUGCUCCCUGGAGUAGGUUGGCAAGUUUCGUUACAGGAUGAAAAACGCACUACGGAUGAAAUCGCCUCAUCGACACAUAAAGAAGCUGGGUUUUCUGUGUGGACUUUUUAGUUGAAUACGGCCUAAUUUUAUUACGGAGUGACAAAACAAAACACAGCAUGUUGGUUUUACCCUAGAAAAAGUUGCUUUUUUUUUUUUUUUUACAGUGUCAGCUUGUGGGAAGUGCGGUUGCUAGUGUAUAUUGGUCUAAUGUUGCCAUCGUGAAUGAAUGAAAUUCCUUUUGCCUAGAAUAUAAUGAGAGUCUGUGUGCGCGCUGCAAGCAGGCUUAUAAAGGUCCGGUACCUGUGAAUAAGAAAACCGUGGCUGUCCUUAAAAUGCAGACGGAACUCAGAAAUAAUAUAUAUAUAUAUGUGUGUGUGUGUUCAAUUUUGCCUUAGAUUUAUGCUGCUACCUGCUGUUAAAUCGCAUCCCUGAUAUAAUGUCAUGUAUGGAAAAUGUGUGUGUUUUUUUUUAAAUAGUUUGUGUAAAGUUUUUAUCCACAUAUAAGCUUUAAGCAGUACUGUUCUGCAGAGCAAGUACUGUGACACAGUGAGACGAAUAAAAGAGAAUGCCAUUUUGCUACUUUGACAAUAAAGAGGGAAAUGAUC